UUGCUGAUUUUCACUUUCUCAUAGAUAGUCAAGUAAUUGAUGUUGUACAAGAGUACACUUACUAGGAACUCGAAUGUCCGCAUCGGGAAAUUUUUCAGUGUUACGUGAACAUCUCAAGGAGAAAGCUCUUCAUGCCCUCUUCAGCUUGAGACGACACACGAAUCAUAGCAAACUAAAAGCAUCUCUCGCCUGUAAAAUAUUUGAUGCUAUGAUCUCCCCUAUUCUAACAUAUAACAGUGAAAUUUGGAGUGUGUAUGCCAAACCAGAUUUUAAGACCUGGGACGGCUCACAAAUCGAGAAGGCACACCCUCAAUUUUGUAAACGAUACUUGGAGGUAAACAACAAAGCUUCUAAUAUAGCUUGUAAAGCGGAGCUUGGUCGUUUUCCUUUAAAUAUCACAAUCAAUAAAAAAAUUCUGAAAUACCAUCUUUUUGUAUAUACAGUCUAAAGAUGAGGAAUCUCUCGUCAAACAAACUUUUUUAAUGUCAAUCGACUUACACUGUGAUGGCAAAAAUAGCUUCCACUCUCAUUUAAUGAAUUAAUAUGUCAGAAUAUU